CGAGAGCGCAGUUUAGCGCCGAAUUAUAAUCCGCGCUGACCCCUUUUUGAGAUCGCGGGCGGCAAAUUCCGAGAAACGUUCGGGACGCCCGAGAGAAGGCGCCGCUUUUGGAAAAGGGCGUUCCGUCCUCCCUUGGCGAGCGACCUACCACUCUCCCCUUUCCUCUCCGCGGUUUGGCCCUGGGUUUACAUUGUGACCUAUAGGACGGAGUUGUCGUUCUGCAAGCGAUGUCGCCGCCGCCGCCGCCCGUCAUAAAAGUUUUACGUAGUUCAGCGGCGAGGGCUGGCGCCUGGAGGAGGGAAGGGGCCUAGCCGGGCGACCGUCCGGUCUACCAAAACGCCGCCCGAGUUUGCAGGAAGGGGCCGCGGCUGCUCCGUGCCCAACAUGGGGGUGACCGUGGAGGCCCAGAGAGUUUAUAAAUAUCCUUUCGAGCAGGUGGUGGCCAGUUAUCUCCGCAAGUAUCCCAGUACCAUGGAGAAAAAUGUUAUUGCUGUAAAAACAGUAGAAGAGAAAACAGACUUGUCUACAGGAGUCAUAUAUCGGAGAAGGAUUGCAACAUGCCAAAAUGUAAUUCCACACAUUCUAAGAAAGAUUAGUACCCUGAAAGUAUCAGAAGUCUACUUAGAAGAGGAGUCGUGGCUUAAUAUGCAAGAUAGAAUUAUGUCUAUGAAGACUCAUUGUCUUACGUGGACAGAGUAUGCCACCCUAAAUGAAGAAUCAGUCUUCAGAGAAAGCUCUGAAAAUCCAAAUUGGACAGAGUUUGUUCAGAAAGGAAAUAUAACAGUAAAAGGCACUGGAUUGCUGAAUUGCUUACUGGAAAUUUUUGCAAAAUCCUUUUUAAAUCAAGGAGUCAAAAGGAGUAUUUCAAUCAUGGAAAGGCUUCUGCAAGACCAGUUUGGAGGGCCUGUUUUAUAGUAAAAAAUGAACUAAAGUCUCUGUAUAUCUAAGUUAAUACAUAGGACUACAUCCUUACUUCCAACCUUACAUUUUACUGAAAUUAACCCUGUGGGUUGUUUUAAUGAAGAAGAAAAGAUUGUUGAAAAGAAGAGAAAGAUUUGCAGUCUCCCAUAAGUAGCAUACAUGGAAUCACAUAAUUUGAACAGAAUGUGCUCCAGAAUGACCAGGGAGAAAGAAAUAUUAUUUUGAAAAAUGCACCACUGUGUACUUGUUCUCUGAUUUCAAAGAUGUAAAUAUUUAUAAGAAAUCAUCCAUUUGAAAAAUAACUCCCAGAUAAUCAGUUCUAAGGAAAAGCUUACUAUCCAAGAGGAAUAAGCUUUUUCUGUAUUUUAAUAUGCAUAAUUUUUCUUGACAGAAUAUAUUUCAUGGAAAUUGAGAGAAUUAAGAAAUGAUGUGAAUUUAUACUAUAUGAUCACAUAAAGACUAUUUAAGAAUAAGAACUUAGUUUUUUUAAAAAAAUAUUCAUUCUGCUACAGUACAAAAUGGUAAAAAUACACAAAUGCUACAGUAUUAAUAUAUUUUGGAUUGCCAAUAAUAACCCUUAAAAAAUGUGAACCAUUGCAAAACAUUACAAGGUACCUAAAUUUGUAAAUGCUUAGGGUUUUUAAUAGCAUCUAUCUGAAUACAGAAUGGCAAACUAUUUUUGUAUUGUAAAACUUGUUCACUGAUAGUGUUUCAUUAGUUCACUUGAAAGUACAGUUGGAUGAAAUUGAAAAUUAACUUGAGGAGUCCUAUUAUAAUUAAACAGUCUGUUUGAAGUGUGAAAUGUAUUUGAUAAAAGUACAUAGAGGUCAAGGUUAUAAGAUUCUAAUCGAUCUUAAAAUUCCUUGUAGACUAGUGAGAAUAUCAGGCUUGUGAUAAGCAUUGACAUAUCUACAUAUAUUCUACAUAUUUUCCCCACUACUGGUACAUCAAGUAGCUAAAGUACCAAGAGGUAGUCCACCUAGAACCAGCAAAUUAAUUGCAUCAAAUAAACUAUCAACAUAAAAUAGAUGUCUGGGUGAUGCUUAGAUAAAUAUUUGAGUAUCAAAUUACCUAAGUUUUUAUUAAAUAAAAUUAUGUUCUGGAGAAAUAUUGUUUCAACAUCCAGCUUUCCAAUCUGCAGUUUUAUGAUGAAGAUUGCUGGAGUGAAUUUACAUUUACCAAGCACAGCAGUUCCAUUGGGUCAUUUUUAAUUUCUUUCAGCAAUGAGAUGGUCUAACCAUUUGAAUAGCUGUUGGACAUCUGGCUAAUGGACUCAAAAAGUCUGCCAAUUGCUUGCUGUUUCCCUGCACCUUUUUCUCUCUUAAUAAGCAUGUUGAAAGCAGGAUGGAUGUUCCUAGCAAUAUUAAGCAACAGUGAAGACAACCCUUUUUUCCUGCUGUGUUUAAAUUUUGCCCUCAUUUUUCCAUAUGUGAACAAAACAUUCACAUAGAGAGAAAGCAAAAAGAUGAAAAUGAAUGCACAUUGUAAUUGUUACAAAGGCGGGAUUGGUAUAUGAAGGUUGCUCUUACAGUUUAUUGAAAUGCUGAAAACCAACAAAAUUCCCACCUAAAAAUACACACAUCAAUAUAAUAUUAUCUUAGAACAUAAUAGAAGUAGUGUUGAACCCUCAGGGAAGUUAAGAAUUAUUUUGUUAGAUGAAUGUAAAAAUGCAUCAUUAUUGAAUCGAAAGAUUUUUAUGUUAUCGUUUUACAAUUAUGGUAAUUUAUCAGUUAGGUGCUUCAUAAAUAGCAAGAUGUGUAUCAUCCAGUGCUAGAAGGGCUAAUGGACUGUAUUAAAAGAAGUAUUGUGUCAAAAUGUUUGAAGUUAUUAUUCCCCUCAAUCUAUCGCACCUGGAACAUAGUGAAUGAUUAUGGGUAUUGCAUUUUCAGAAAGAUUGACAAGUUAAAAUAAGUUCAGAGGAGGGCAAGACAAUUGAUAUAGAGACAUGACAUGCCCUGGGAGGACAGGCUGAAAGAAUUUGGGAUGAUCAGAUUGGAGAAAAAUCUGAAAGAAGAUGUCUCGGGAUUCAAGUACGUAAAAGUGUGCCAUAGAGCAUCUAUUUUAAUUGCCAUGGAAACAAGGUCCAGAAAUAAUAGCCAACGAACAAUAAAUAACUACAUACAAAUGAUGGGUAUAAAUGUGGGAGUCUGGAUGGGAAACAGCAGGCUUCAACUGAACCUGAUAAGGCUAAGUGGUUUUGGGUUUUAGGGCCUUCUGGAUCUGGACUUUAAUACUGGAGCUUCGCCGCCCCAAUCAGAUCUGGUGUACAAUUUUGGUGUGCUACUGAACUCAUAACUCCUGCUCAUAGAGCAGGUGCCAAUUGUGGUAGGAGGGACUUUAUGCUAGUUGUGUCCUGGAUUAUGAGGCUCUGCUUGCAGUUACCCAUGCUCAGGUCACCUUCCAUUCAAUGGACAGUUGGAAUGUACUUAUAUAAGGCUCCUCUUGAACAGCAUCCAGAAGCUUAAACUGCUGGAAAAGGGAAGUUAUGCAUGCUCCUAGAAUGCUACACAUUCAACCUCUGCUCUGUGUGUAACCUUGGUUUCUGGCUUGCUUCCGGUUCAAUUCAAGGUGUUCGUUUUGAUCUUUAAAGCCCUAUAUGGCAUGAGAUCAGGUUAUUCGAGGGAUUACCUUUCCCUGGACACUUCUACCCAUCCCAUCAGGUCCAGCAAGAGGAGUGUGUGUAUAGCUCCUAUCUGCAGAAGAAUUCCAUCUAAUGAUGCCUGGAAGGUGAGCCUUUUCACACAAUCUGCUCUUUGGAACAUCAUUGCCUUCCCCCUCCCUUUCUGUGAUGAGAUUAGACAUGACCCUAUUAGCAUUUAGGAACUCUGAAAACAGUUCUUGCAGGCUUGGGGAUCCCAUGAAAUUGUAGCAUGCUGAUUCAUUCAACUUACUUCAAUUGUUUAAUUUUUUAAUCUCUAUAGAUGUUUUAACUGAUUGUUUUAUUGUACACUGCCUAGAAUCGUGUUUGUGAGAUGGGUGAUUAUGUAAAUCAAAUAAACAAACAAGCUCAACUAA